AUGAAAAAUUCUCAACGAUUAUUAUCGUUCAAUAUAUUUAUUUACUUUCUAUUAUGUAUUAUUCUUUUACCAAAAUAUAUUCAAUGUUAUAUGACAACAAUAAUAACUCAUGAAUAUUAUUCACCAGAGUCAAAUUUUACAAAUAAAACUUACGAAACACAAACAAAUGGUUUUGUAUCAACUAAAGGUAGUCAAACAAUAGUUCGUAAUGGUAAAGCAUUUAUUUUAACUGAUAUAAAUGGUAAUUUUGAUGGAUGUGAACAACCAAUUAAUCCAAUGAAUAUUGCAAAUGGUAUUGCUAUUAUUCAACGUGGUGGAAAUUGUACAUUUAGUGUUAAAAUAACACGUGCUAAACAAUAUGGAGCAUCAGCUGUUAUUAUUUAUGACCCAUUCCAUUCUGGUUUAGAACUAUAUAAUAUGCUACACAAUAAUUCUGAUAUAUUAUCUGUUUAUGUUCAACGCCCAAUUGGUUCUAGAUUAUUUAAUCUAGCUAAAGAUAUUCAUCAAUGGCCUUCUUAUUGUGGUAAUGCAAACACAGGUUUUAGUUAUGAACCUGUACGUGGUUUUGUGGUCACUCCAGAUGGUCAAGAUCAUCUUACAUUAAAAUUAAAUACACCACCAGUUCAUUCACUUGGUGAUGAAAUCAAAGUUGAAUUUAAAGUACAACCAAAUUGGUAUUACAAUGGUACUCGAUGUACUAAUUUCAAUCCAAUUGUUUUUACUGAAGAUAAUUGGCAAGAACCACAACAAGUUGAUAUGUCUUUUAUUGAUUAUGGUUGUUGCACAUAUGCAAUUAUUGCAACUGGUGGUGGAUAUGAUUGGCAAUAUCAAAUAUCAACAUUUGUUGUUUAUGCAUGUGAUGGUCAAGCUGGAUAUGGUUGCAAAGAUAAGUAUCCAUGUGGAGCCUAA